GAGUUGAGACGCACACACACACACCUUAUCAUCCCAGUCUAACAGGGAAGAAAUUAAGUCUUUUUGUACCUGGUGAAGAAGAACAAUGUCCGUAAAAAGUACAAAAUCAGGACCUGAAAGUCGACCAUCCACUGCAGCCAGCAUGUCUCCUCGAGGGGGGAGAGGUCCACCAGCUGGCAGAUCCCCGACUGCCGGUAGAUUUAAAAACAAGGCUCUUCAACUCAGCCUCUCCAAGAAAUUCUGCUCCAAGUCUCCCGUGACUCCAAAAAAGGGCAAUGGUAGUGGUGAGGAGAACCGUCGGCGCAGUAAAAGGAGCCUCAGCAACAGUUCAGCAGUGGCUGCCGCCUACAUUGCCUACCUCAAUAAACUCUUUGGACAGGAGAGAGAGCUGAUGCCGCUGGAGUUAGAUGAACUGCGAGAGGCCUUCAAGGAGUUUGACUACGAUGCGGAUGGCUUCAUCCAUUACAAAGACAUUGCCGACUGCAUGAGGACCAUGGGCUACAUGCCGACAGAGAUGGAACUCAUUGAAAUCAUCCAGCAAAUCAAGAUGAGAUGGGGUGGCCAUGUAGACUUUGAUGACUUCUGUGAGUUAAUGGGCCCAAGGAUGCUGGCUGAGACUGCACACAUGGUCGGCCUCAAGGAGCUGCGUUGUGCCUUCAAACAGUUUGACAGCAACGGUGAUGGAAAGAUCACACUCGAGGAGCUGAAGGAUGGCAUGAAGACCCUCCUGGGUGAGAAACUGAAGAAGGGGGAGCUAGAGGAGAUCCUCGGUGACAUUGACCUCAACAAAGACGGCAACAUCGACUUUGAUGAGUUUGUGAUGAUGCUCUCUGCUCGAUGACCAUAAGAGGAAGAGGACGCCACACUACCAUCUGGUCCUGUAAUUUAGCUUGACUUGCCCUUUAUAGGAAAUGUAAUUGAGUCAUAAUUAAAAGGUGGCAAUUGUGCAAAGGGGUGUUAUGAAAUUAAGCAAUGGCGCCCUCUUGCGCCUUCAACAAGUAUUUCACUUCAAUAGAGUUUACCAACAAAUGGGGGUUUGGCAAUUGAAGCGUUUAUUCAAAGUUCUGAUGCUUAACUUAACACAAUCUCUUUACAUAAAACAGUCAUAACAGUGAUGGAAAAAAAUACUAUUUGAACACACUUCAUACCAUGAAAGGAAGGAAUGGUAACAAAGUAUGGUCUAACUUUAAACCACAAUGUCCAAAAAUGGUGUAAGGCAAAUGCAGAAACAGUGCAGGUUCUCAACUCCAGCACAGCGGGAACUGGAGAUUAAUAUAAAAGGUCUGCCUGACAGACGCAUAUACAGUACACUGAAUGCAAAUUCAUAUUGCAAUAUGCCCUAUUCAAUACAUUUCAAUAGAAACAUUAGGUCAGAACGUAUAUUCUUCCUGAAAAUGUAUUUGUUAAUUUAACACGUAGUUGAAAAUUGACGGUGUAAGAGAUGAAAUUAGACAUUCUCAUGCUUUGUGAGAAAUUUAGGAAGAUUUUAGGAGUAUGGGUGGAAGAUUUUCAUGAGCGUUUCUCUGCAUGACCGAAUAUACACAAAAUGUACACAAAAUGGGGCUCAUUCUCGUACUAGCCUGUUGCACUUAUUUCAAUUUUUCCGCAGCAUUUUGGAUUUCCCUUUUGAGAAACAAACUUUCUUGCGGUUUUCAACAGGUAUGACGUCGCCCAAACCAUCUCAAAGACUACUUCCUACCUUUCAUGUGAAUAGUAAAAAAAUCUACAUACAAAGUCUUCACACUUGAGGAAGUUCAUUUCCACAUUCUAAGUGCAAGUCGCACACUGUUUGAGAUUCAUGUCUGAUGUUAGAGAAUGUGUGUCAAUGGCAGUAUCCCUGAGACGGUCUGGCCAAAUGUCAAUCACAAAAAAAACCCAAACAUCGCAUGGAGAAUGAAGAGGAAGCCCUAGUUGCUGUCGGGGAUGCUCUGUAGAUAUGUGAGGAUGUGCCGGAUCUUCUCCAAACGCCCUUUGAGACUAGUCAUGGAGAGGACACACAGCUGGUAGCGCCGGUCGAUAGGCAGGACGGCCAGGAGCCACCAGCAGCAUGCUGGACCGUUAGGAGUCGCCUAGAAUGCAGGAGACAGGACCUCAUUAUCAGUAUUACUCAAAUCUGAAAAGUGUUCUCACUUAAAGCAAAACUGACAGAUAUAUAAUAAACAGGAUCAAUUUGAGCCAGGCUGAAAGUGCAAUUAUAGCUGGGGUGUUUAUUUACCUAAUACAAAGGAGACAGUGUGUUUAACUGGAAGCAAAUUUAAAGUAUUUUUUGCCUGAAUUAAGCAUUUUUAAGCAUAAAAAUAGCUAAACAUUCAGACGACCCAUUCAAAGAUGUCAUAAUGUGUAGUAUUUUACACUGUUCAUUAGGCAGUAGUUAAGACUUGAUUGCUGGAACGAUUGCGGGUUUUUUGUUUUUUUUUUAGUUUAUUUCCAACACGAAAAACAUCCAAAGCACAACAAACCAACCAAAAUCAAUACAACUAAAAAUACCUAUGCAUAUAAACGUCCACAUGUUCGAAAGGGAGUGGGAAGAAGUCAAGACUUAUCUAGUCCCACCCCCCUUGUUUGAAUUAACAAGUGCAAUAAUUCCUAACGCGGACUACUGUUGGAAGCCAAUUAACUCAACUUAACCCUAGACACCACUUCCUGUCCUCUCUCCACUAGGCACGGCCAAGUGGAGUGUACUACUACUACUACCGGUAUUGGCUCGGCAUGCCUGGAACCUUGGCAUUUGUCAACGGAAACUCAUUCAAAUUGAGCUUCAGUCCACUGCCAAUACCGUGAAGAUAAAAGAAGUCGAGCAUUACAUCUGACAAUAAAUGUAUUUCAUUCACAUUUGGCGAGUAAAUCCUCCACAGCGCCAGUUCAGCCUGCGCAUCAGACUGACAAGGAGAUUCUCUUCAUGACACUUGUGACGUACAAGCACCGGUAGGAUUAGCCAUGAAGCACCCAUAAAGCUCUUCAGCCAAUAUUGUCAAAAGACUCCGCCCCUGUGGUUGUCCUCUGGAGCGGGAGCUGUAAUCCUUUUCGCCAUACACUCGGGAGCAGAGUGCACACAACAAGCGUUUUCCUGGCAUUAGGGACCUCUAAGGCGGUUAAGUCUAUUGUAAUGUAGGUUUCCUGAGAGGAAACAUUAGUGGAAUUGACUCUCUGGUUGGACGUUUCAAAGAUCGAUGAAUUGUGGGAAAGAUUGUGUGACCAAGGAGGACGUCAAAACAAAUAAUACAUGAUUGAUAAUUUUACAUAGUUAUCCCUGAGUCUGAUUUCUCUCUCAGACUCCUGAAAUAUGUUGCUGACAGUUUGAAAAAUAUGAAUUAUCUUAUAUCCUGAGUUGACUUAUGCAGUACAUGCAACCCAACAGGACUUCAUUCACACACAAACACAGGACCUGCUAGGAAAUAAAGUAUCUCAAAAGCGGGGCAAAACAGGACUUAAAAAGGGGUUGUCUUAUAUUCUGGAUAUAUACACUGGAUCAGGGGUGCUCACACUUUUUCAGCAUGCGAGCUACUUUUAAAAUGACCGAGUCAAAAUGAUCUACCCACUACAAAAAUGCAAAACAUCUAUUUAUUUUCAAAUGUAUUGAGGAUUAUUUGUACGUACAAUGUAUGUUGAUGUACCUUACAUAACCAAAUGUAACCCUGGUUCAAUUCCUCGGCCAUCUCUGUGUGGAGCCAAUAUUGCAAAACACACAUAAUUAACAAUUAACAUUUUUUGUAAUUACCUCCACAUUACUCCACAUUUCCCUUCUUUGGUACUGCGAUGGUAGAAUGGCAUAUGAGGCAAACGCACUUCGAAAAAGACAUUGUGAAAAAAAAGUCCACCUCCCAUUCCGUAUGGAAGUGAUAUGUUUUUGCCUUUUUACUUGGUCCAGCUCCUUCACUCAUUUUAGUGACCAUAAACUUUAGCGAGGGCUUAAAAUCUGACGCAAUUCGCUGACUAGCUUAGCACUUUGCAUCGUUGUUUACGCAUGAGCGGUGACCUAAAGGUCAAAAUUCAGGUGUCAUCUGACUGGUUGUCCUGUAUGCCAAUCAAGUAACGGGGAUGGAUGAUAGGCUGACAUCGUAAGUUCUGCUGCACUUAGAGACGUUGUUUGAUUUGAUUGGUCGCCCGAAGGGCAACAUUCAGUUGUCAUCUGAAUGGCUGCCCUGUAUAUCAAUCAAGUGACGGCAUUGAUGCGAGGAUGAUAUUUUUUUAAUGUCACGCCGCGAUCGACCAGCGAUCGACCAGUACCACCUCCGCGAUCGACCGGUAGAUCGCGAUCGACUUAAUGAGCACCCCUGCACUGGAUGAAAAGAUUUGGAAAAUGUGCAUUUGUGUAUCAGACAUCUUGACAAGGCCAAGCAAUGUACCUGGAUAUCAGCUUCUGGCUCUGGCAUUGGUCCAAAGUGCUGUAGGAUCUGGUUGUGAAAGUGCAACUUGAGGUUUUGGAACCAGGUACGAGCCUGCUCGUACACGGCAUCGUGCAGCUCCUGUAGGCUCGCCAGCUCUUUGCCGUCAUCCACCUAAAAGUCAAUAUUGAGCACCGGUAACUUUUCCAUUCUGGAACAGUGGUGAUUAUAUAAGGGCUUUGGCGCGACUGCCAGGAUGAUAAUGAAGGUUUGUACCCGAGUGUCUUCCAAAUGCUCGAUGUCAGCAAUGUAGUAACCGUCCCUCAUUCCUCGAGAGAGGACACGGAAGCGCGUCCCUCCAACAGUGUCCACCACUGAUCUACCAUCAGGCAAGAAGUGGACACUCCGGAUGAUGAGCAUGCAUCCGUAGUCAACGAACCUGCCGGGGAGGAUUCCAUUAUGUAAUCAAGACGAAACGUAACACCCACGUCAUCAUCAUGCAACUAAUGAUUAGAUGCCUUCAGUCACUAGAUUGGAGGUUUUAAAGUACAAUGACUUGCACAAACACCUUGUCUGCAGACUUACCCUUUCUGCGGGUCGCUAAUACACAUCCCAAACUGCCGUGUGCCCGUGUCCACGCAGCGGCGGAUCAUCAGGCGGUAACGUGGCUCGAAGACAUGCAGGGGGCAAGGCACGGUGGGGUACGCCAUGGUACACACAAAGAUAGGCACGUUCUUUGUUAGGCUAGAAGAAAGUUGGAGAAAAGAGAAUGACAUCGUCCUCUGGUAAAUAAGCACAAGCUUCGACAAACACGAGCUAACUUACUGGGAAAGCUCUCUGGUUUCAUCCAGGUGAGUUUUGGAUCUCUCGUCAUGCUCCUUACCCAAAUACUGUUUGAUCAGCACAUCCAAGACACUCGUCACCAUGUACUUCCUACUUGCUAGAUACUGGGGAGGAGCAGUCCGUGAGUAUACGCAUGUUAUUGUUCUUAGAAGGGUGAAGUGUGUACCCUUCCUCACCUCUUUUAGGCUCUCUUUACAGAGGGGACACUGCGGCAUGUGGUCCAAACAGCGUUCCAGACAGUUUUUACAAAAGGUGUGGCCGCACGGUGUUGUCACAGGCUCGUAUAAUAACCUGGUUUGAACACGAGAUCAGAGUCAAGCACUUUCAUGAUCACAUUUCAAAUUUUACAAUCACACGUCAACCCUGAUAAGUUACUGAUGCUGUUAUUGUCCAAAUCCAAUUACCGGAAUUUCCAGACUAUAGAGCACACCUGUAAUUAGCCUCAACCGCUAAAUUUCAAGAGCAAAACAAAGAUUUGGACAUAUAUAGGCCACACCUGUCUAUAUGACGCAGGUCUCCAUGUCGUAACAUGGGAUGUGUAGUACACAGAAAUAAACACAAAAGAACGUGUAACACGGCAGGUUAAACAGUGCCUGUAACUUACCAGAAGUUACAGUACAGUACCUCAGCAUCACAAUUCAAGAGCCUCGUCUCUUUUUGUGUCACUUUCUCGAACCGUUAGCCAUUUAGGCUGAGCUAAAGCUCUUCACGGCGGUCCGAGUAGCCCAAAUAGAAGCUGGAGUAAUUUCUACACUUGAUCAAACUUACUUCGCUGCGUAAGACUUCAAAACAUGAGAUUUAGCUUCCACUUCACUCGUCCAUGUCACUACUUCCUGAAGCUGCACUCUAAGCAUCGUGGGAAACGUUGUUUUUAGCCAUAAAUUAGCCGCUUCACUGUAAAAAUCGCAGGGUUCUAAGGAUGAGAAAAAGUAGUAUACACCCCUGAUCAAACUCUUAAGACCAGUUGAAAAAUUGCAGAAUUUACAUUUUUCACUUUGGAUCUCAAGGAGGUUCUAAGUUGAGCUUCAAAAUGCAACAAUUGGUAUGAGACAAAAAAAAGAAAGCAUUAGAGCAAACACGCCGGCCUCACAGCUAGGACCGGAGUUCAAUUCCCAUUAAUUAUGCCUUUCUAUAUAUAGCACUAAGUGCAAUGAGCUUAUUGUCUCAAUUUUCAAGAGGAACUAACGAUGCACCAUCAUUUAUAUGUGGAUUGGGUUUUAGUUUUCUUAGGUCUACCUCUCGGUGACAUCACGAAUGUUGACGGUCAGUUAAAUGUGGCUUAAUUGUAGACACUCCUCGGCCAGGUGUUUGCAGCUGUCGUGUGGGGCGCAGGCCCUCCACAGCCCGGUGCUAGGCGCUUGUAGCAAGGUGUAGCUUUUCCAGAGUUGCAGCGCAAACAAUUUUGUUUAGCUCCAAUCUUCCGGACACCUUCUGCACAUUCGUAUGAGAAGGGAGGGGGCAAUGCUUGAAACGCUUAGGAAAAAUUAAGCAGUUCGAUGUAGUUUUAAGCAUGUGAAAUAAGAUUAUAACAGUAGUAUCUACUUUAAAUUGAAGGGAAAAAAUUGGUUGCUGAGACGUUUGGGUGACCCCUGGAAAUGGUAGUGCUGCACCUGAGUGGGAAUGUAGACAUUGAAUCCACAUUUUUGCUUUUAAAGGCUGUGGUCUUAACUUUUGGUCACUUGAUGGAGAACCUAUUUCAGUUCAAUGCUUGUUUGCAAUAAAUUGCUUACUCAAAAUAUUUUCUUCAAUUUCUAAUUUUUGCAUGAUGAAGCUCUACUUACAAACUCCUGAAGAUCAAACAGGGCAAAAAAUUGAUUCUUGCAAUGUUUCAACUCGUCUGAAGAUUUUCAUCAGUAAUGUACACCGGAAAAUGAUUUGAAGUGUACAUAGCCUCACCUCAUGCAGAGAGCACACUCAAGAUCAUUGGGGUCAAUGAGGUUCAGGGAAACACGUCUGCACGUUUUAGCUUGGGCUUUUUUGGAGCUUUUUUUCAGACCUUGAGGAAAUGGAAAGAAUAACAUCACGUUAGUCAAGCUGCAAAAAUAUAUACACUCAUCCCUCAUUUAUUGCUGUUAAUUGGCUUCAUAUGUGACCAUGAUUAAUCAAUUUCCGCAAAGUGGGAUUCGUUAUUUUUAAAUCAAAUAUUUUCAUAGUUAAGAGCAUAGAAAUCCUGUUUACCAAAAUCUACAUAGCGGUAUUCAAAUUCUGAGAUCCCCUAAACAUGGAACAACACCCUAUAGCAGGGGUGGGCAAACUACGGCCCGGGGGCCACAUACGGCCCGCCAAGUGUUUGAAUACGGCCCGCCCGUUCUUUCCAAAGUAUUUCAUUUAAAGUCAACAUACAAGCUGGAGACGACAUUUUCAUGGUUUGGCGGUUUUAUCAAUUUUGUUAUUUGAUGCGAUCUGUUGUUUACAAAGUGAAAAAAGGGACACAAGCACAUAAUAAUAAUAAUAAUAAUAAUAAUAAUAAUAAAUAAUAAAUUUAUUCUUAUUAUUAUAAAUUUAUAAUGCACUUUACAUCAAAUAAAUGAUCUCAAAGUGCACAUAUAGCAGAUUGCAUAACACUUUUACAGAUACAAUAAUUUCGUUAUUUGAUGCGGUCUGUUGUUUACUAAGUGCUCCUGAAAAAAGGGACACAAGCAUAUAAUAAUAAUAAUAAAACAAUUAAUAAUAAUAAUAUAAAUAAUAAUACAUUUAUUAUGAUACAUUUAUAACGCACUUUACAUCAAAUAAAUGAUCUCAAAGUGCCCAUAAAGCAGAUUGCAUAACACUUUUACAGAUACAAUCAUUCCAGCUGGACUGUUACGUGUAAAAUAUUGAGUCUGGCCCCCCCGUCAAUUUUGUUAAAUCAAUGUGGCCCGCCAGUCAAAAAGUUUGCCCACCCCUGCCCUAUAGUCACCUUUACCGAAUAUAGUAUAUAUAUUAAGAAAAUAAGUAAUGUAAAACAAAAAUCAUGCAUGCGUGUUUCAAAGUCUUCCUGACAUGUGGACAGGAAAUGUUGGACAUUCAGAAUUGAGUUGAAGCUAGUGUACGGCCACAACAGUACCCUGUUUUAUUGUGUUUAUAAUGAUGAUUAUUAUUGUUAUUGUUUGUAUCUGCAGUAAUUGUUGCUCAAGGGACAACACUAAAGAAAUAAAACUAAUAUACUUGAGUGUACUUAGCAGUGUGUUGUUCCGAGAUCAAAACUGCAAUCUUUGAAGUGUAGGAACCGUCUUUAAAGCCACACAUGAUCGUUGACACUAAGCAAAAGGGGGAGUGAGGGGUUACACACCAACAAGCAAGCUGGAAAUUAGACGAAAAUGUGCAGCAGGAAAGUAUAGUUGAGGCACUUUUUGUUUCAGUAUGCCAAAAACAGAAAAAACUAACCUGGGUGCUGCUUUUUCUUUUAAUUUUUCACAUUUAAAUUUACUUUUUGCUGUGUAAUGGGCUGUUGAUGUUGUGCUGUUUGACAGUAAAUAGUUGUAAAUGUACUAAUACACAUCAGAUUGGACCUUUGAUCCUAUUUGAGAUGGGUCUGUUUUUGUAGAAAUGCGUUCCAUGUUGAGCACACUAAGCCACAAAAAUAAUAAUCAUAUGAUGUAAUUAUAUUUACAUUACACAUUUAUUUAUUAGAAAUCAAUUUAAGCCAGGAAAUAAUCUCAGGAGCCAUUUAGGAGCCCGAAGAGAUCUGCUAUUUCCAUAGAUUAGAUUUACAAUAUUUAAAAUAACUGAAAACACAGCAAAUGUUGAGAUUCACAUUUCCAUUUGAUGAAGCUCCCAGUGCUGGCAGCACUCAUGCAGCCCCUGACCAUGACGACAAUUAUCCUUGUACUCACUUGUGCUGCCAGCUAUUUCGAUAAUAACGGCUGUCUGUCGAGUCAUUUUCAGAUUCCUAUAGUAUUGUCCCUUGAGAGGCUAUCCUGUCAUAAAAAUGGUUGACUUAAUUACUCAUAGCGUAACCACUAACAAUCCUGAGGAGAACAAAAAACCCUGCACAAUGACCUACCUUGUUUUUUAUACUUGCUUCCCCCCUUGUCCACAAUGCAAGUCUCUGUGUCACAGACAGACAACUUCCUCUUCAGCAAGACCGUCUUCUCCUCGCCUCCAAGCUGAGGGGCGGAGGAAACCCUCUUCAGGCCCUCUUCACCGCCUGUCUCAUAGUCAAAACGAGCCGAAUCAGCUUCGCUCAGACAGGGACGCUUAAGACUCCCCCGGCGUUUCUGUAGAGUCAAAAGCAAGACGAUGAGAAUAUUCUCACAUAAACAAAAUAAACAAAGGCACACGGCUGCAAGGACACUGCUCUGACCUGUUGUUGGUUUGGUCUUUGGACUGGACUAUGCUGACUGGCUUGUGCAUCAGCCACCAAGGUUUUAUUGUGCAGAUGGGCCACUGGAUUUUGUGCAGUUUCCCUAACAAUGACCUUGACGUUGUCACCGGAUGAAGAGAGGAGGUCACAGAAUAUCUGUAAAAAAAACAAAACAACAACUUUGAAAUACUGCAAAUACAUGGAUAGCUGUUGUAGUAGUCCCUUAGUAUCAUAAAACACCAGGAUGCACAGUCUAGUAUCCACACUACAAGAUACAUGAAAAACAAUGCAGCUCUUGAAUAUUUGCAACAUUUUAUAAUCAUAAUUAUUAGAGCCCUGUAGACACGAAACCCCAUCCCUGGAAUACAUAGGCCUACAGAGACUGAACUGGAAAGUGAAACCAGCAAAAUGCAACAAAAUGGGAGAUCAGUGAAGCACACAAGUGUAUUCAAGAGUCUUGCAAACUGCAUGCUGAGUACGACAAAUUCAUACAUCUUGGCAGGUCUGCCCUCUCACAUCCCCUGAUAGUUCACUGCGCACCCGCCCCACGACACUAGAUAGAUAAGACUGGUUACUCCGCAUCCAUAGUUUGUCCUGCACGGGUUCGGCUGCCAUGAAGGGAAGCAGAAUCCACAAACACAAUAUUGUCCAAAAGACAAUAUUUGUCAUUUUUCUGGUUUCCCAAAGACAAAUGACAAGUAUAUGUGUCAUAAAAACAAACAAGUUGAUUAGCCAUUACUAAAAAUAAAUGUUGCAUUGUGUAAACACUGCAAGUAAACACCAUUUUUUGACAAAAUACUGAAUUCACCCAAGGUUUACGAUUUAUGUUUUGGAAUAAGAGUCCAGAUGUAAAUCCACUAAGUUUUUUCAAGGACCAAUACCAAGUUAAGGUGAGUCAUGCUAGAUUACACCUCAAAAGGUGUUCCGUUAGUAUCUCAUUAUUUUAACAUCCCCUACAGCAAAACGGUUUGUUUUCCAAUGACACUGUUAGGAACACCUUAAUAAAAGCUGGCACUUAAACAGCGGAGUGUCAACAUUAAACACCACUAAGAUGAAUCAUCUCAUUUGUAGCCAAUUAAUGUGGGCCAAGCCAGGACAUAUACAGUGCAUCCGGAAAGUAUUCACAGCGC